AUGUAUAACAAUAUCGUACAUAUUUCGCCAAAUGCAUUCGUUGGUUUAGAAAGUUUGCUAUCCACAUUGGAUCUUAGCUAUAAUCAUCUAAACCGUGUGCCUUACGAAGCUUUGCGUCCACUGAAAAACAUGCAAUGGUUAAAUUUGCAAGGAAAUUCAAUAGAUAAUUAUCAUGAUUUCAAGUGGUCAGAAAUGACCUUCAAACCAAUUUUAAACAGUUUAUUCUUAGGUGGAAAUCACAUCAGCAUUAUAAAAGAAAGUGUCCUUACAGAGCUGAGCAACCUAACCAUACUUAAUUUAGAUGGGAAUUACAUUUAUGAUGUAGACGUUAAUUCUUUGCCAGUUUCACUGUCUUCUUUGUCGUUAUCUAAUAACAUUCUCAAGAAAGUGCCUCUUCAUGCUAUUUACAAACUUAGAAAUUUGAAAUUUCUUUACUUAUCUGGUAAUUUGCUGAAAAGAUUGCCAUGCCCAUUUGUAAUGUGGACUGCAAAGCUAGAGAAACUAGAUUUAUCGAACAACUUGAUAGAAUACAUGCCAGAUUGUGUUUUCAAUGGUUCUUUCCCCAUCAGAGAGUUAACUCUUGAGUUUAAUUUCUUAAGAUCUCUUUCGGCCAGAAGUUUUAAGAAAACAAAACUUGAACGUUUGUCUCUAGCCAAUAAUAGGCUGUCACAUAUUCAUUCCGAUUCGUUUUCAGGUAUAGAAGUGUCACUUACUCAUUUAGAUCUAAGUUUUAAUUUACUGGAAGAAUUUCCUCCAGCACUUAAUGAUCUCAAAUCACUCGUACAUUUGUCUUUGAAAGAGAACUAUUUGAAAGAACUGGGCAAAGAAGAUUUGCAGGGAUGUAGAAAAACUUUAGAAGUGCUAGAUUUAUCAGGUAAUGCUCUGUCUUUCAUUCCAAAGGCUGCGUUAGAGCAUCAAAGGAACCUUAUUCGUUUAAGCCUACAAGAUAAUUUUAUCGCCAAGAUCGAUCAAAAAGACUUUGGUGAAUGGGGUAAGAACCUAACUACAUUAAGUUUGGCGAGUAACAAACUCACGAGUAUAAAAGAAGAGGUGUUUGUCCAUUUAGUGAAACUCAGAGAGUUGAAUUUAUCUUUUAACAACAUUAUAUACUUUGAUAAGAAUGCUUUAUAUCCGCUUAGAAAGACAUUAGAAGUUUUAGAAUUAAGUUCUGCUUUUGAUUAUAGUUUUCAAAACCCAGACGCCAUAACUGCUGAUUUAGAGCGAGUUGAAUGGUUGCUACUAGACAAUAAUAAUUUGUCAAAAAUUAGUUCUUUUUGUUCAAAAUCAUCAAAAAGAUUAAAACAUCUUGAAUUAAGUAACAACAACAUACCGGAAAUUCCUAAAGGUAUUCUUGUUAAUUCUCGACAUACAAUUAUUUCUAUUCAUUUAAUUAACAACAAAAUAAGUAUUAUCAAAUCUGAAACGUUUGCCAAUCUUGAACAUACUUCUAGAAUAUCUUUAAUAGGUAAUGCCAUCUCAACUGUAGAAACAAAUUCGUUUAAAAACUGCUCCAGUUUACAUACCAUAGUCCUUUCUGGCAAUAACAUAUAUUCCAUCAAUGUUUCGGCUUUCGCAAAUAUUACAAGACUUUCUAACUUAUAUAUCCAAGACAAUUAUUUAGAAUCAUUUUCAUUUGAUAUAAUUGAAGGUGCUUCUGCCUAUUUAACUAUAAAUGCAUCUAAUAAUUUCAUUCAAACUUUAAGACCUCAAAACAGAACUUUACAAAUUUUAAAAACACGUACUUUGGAUUUGACGUAUAAUAAAAUUUCAAAUGUCUCAAGAACGUUUUUUGAACCUGUUUCGAAUUUCUUAACUCUUUUAUUUUUGUCGCACAAUCAGAUCUCUCAUUUGCAAUUAGGACCCCUUCCAGAAUUGCAAAUUUUACAUCUAUCACAUAAUCACCUUCUUCUGAUUGAGUUCGCAUUUCACAAAAGCUGCCCGAAACUCCAAAUUUUACAUUUGGAUCACAACAGAAUUUCGCUUCUCAAAAAAGAAACUUUCAUUAACAUGAAGAGCUUACGUGUAUUAGAUAUGAGUCAUAACAAAUUACUAUCUCUUUCUGAAAAUGUUUUUUCAGGAAUUUCCCUGGAGAGGCUUAAUUUAUCAAGGAAUUACAUCAAAUCUUUCGAAUCUUCUGGAAUAAAUUCAGCAAAAAACUCGUUGACAUCUAUUGAUUUGUCCUUUAACAUCAUUACCAUAAUGCCGAACAACGUAAUUACAUUACCAAACAGGAUUCAAGCCUUAAACUUGUCUUCCAAUAGGAUUACUCAUGUCAGUGAGCGAUCCCUUCACGGAUUGGUCCACCUUCUUGAGUUGGACUUGUCUCACAACGAACUGAAGGAAAGAGUCGAAGACAUGUCUUUCACGUUUGUUGCCAAUCUUCGAUUGCUAAACUUGCGAAACUGCAGUUUGAUGAACUUGCCUUUUUUACCUUUGCCAUAUCUCACCGCACUGUCGCUAAGAGAUAACUUUUUCUAUAAUAUAUCUCAACCUACUGUUAAGGAUCUGCGACAACUGAGGUGCUUAGAUGUGAGUGGCAAUUUCUUGCAAGAGAUACCAACGCACCUAUGGAUAUCUAUGGGAUGUCUAGACGAUUUGGAUAUUUCAAAUAAUCCAAUUUCUUUUUUACAUUUUGAUAGUUUCAAAGGGCUAGAAAAGCUUAGAUGCCUGGAUGUAAGAAGACUUUCAUUGAGUCGAUUGGAUUCAAGAACUCUACAUAUCUUAAGAUUCCUGACCGUGUUUAAAACUGACUCGUACCCUUCCGUGAGAUCAUUCCGUCUCCAAGAUUUACUUUCUCAAGCCUCCGCCCUCCAAAGUGUUCUCAUUGAUAUCGAGGAGCCAGUUUUAUCACACCAAGUACAGAGAGCUUUUGGUACUAAACUUCGAGAAUUAGUGAUUACUGGCAGGAACUUGGAAAGAAUAUUACCAGAUGCGUUUGCUGGUCUAAUUACUCACGAACUGACCAUAAAAAUCAGCAACACAGCCGUGACAGAACUACCAGAAGGCCUUCUUAGAUAUUUAACAGACAUACGAUAUCUGACUUUGGAUUUGAGGAAAAAUCAGUUAUCUUCCAUGAAACCUGGAGUGUUGGCUGAAGUCACUGUUAAAGGUGUUAUGACGCAUCAAACACAGCACAUAACUGGAGGUGUGUUUUUAGAAGACAAUCCCUGGAGUUGCAGUUGUGAGCUUCUUUGGAUGGGUGACUGGAUGCGUAGGUGGUUGAGAGAAACAUUUCGGGUUCAUGUUCUUAACGUCGAAGCAUCACUUUAUGUCAACAAUGUAGCCAAAAAAGCAACGUGUUCCUUUAAAAACAAUGUCACUUACUCGAUUGUACACUUAAAAGAAUCUGAUGUCAAUUGUCCCAAAAAUAGUGCCAAGAAAACUUGUCUUUCCUUUUAUAAUAUGCUUCAGAUAAUUGUUUUAUAUUCAUUUUUGUGUAUUCAUCUGAAAAUUUCUUUGUUGUAUCUGUUCAGAGGCACAAGCGGUGUGCUUUUAGAAGACAAUCCCUGGAGUUGCAGCUGUGAGCUUCUUUGGAUGGGUGACUGGAUGCGUAGGUGGUUGAGAGAAACGUUUCGGGUUCAUGUUCUUAACGUCGAAGCGUCACUUUAUGUCAACAAUGUAGCCAAAAAAGCAACGUGUUCCUUUAAAAACAAUGUCACUUACUCGAUUGUACAUUUAAAAGAAUCUGAUGUCAAUUGUCCCAAAAAUAGUGCCAAGAAAACUUGUCUUUUCUUUUAUAAUAUGCUUCAGAUAAUUGUUUUAUAUUCAUUUUUGUGUAUUCAUCUGGAAAUUUCAUUGUUGUGA